AUGCUUAUCUGUUUACGAACGAGUACGUGUGAUGUUUUGCAUUUGUUGUUGCUGGUCUCCCUUGUGAGUAUUUGCAUAACAAAAGCAGCAUCAACUGUACCAUCCUCGAACAAUGAAAAUAAUAAUAACAACUUAAUCCGACGACCUGAUGAAUAUGUCAUGACUUCGGUGCCAAUUACCGGAUUGAAACGUUCGAAUGUUUGUGGGGAUGGAUAUCGCAUUGAAGGAGCAUUACUUAUGUCACAUUCGUAUUCGAAAAGUGCAUCCUAUUCACCUUAUGAAGAUUGCUAUAUGACAUUCAAAGCUCGUCGAGCGAAUAAUCAAAUUCGUAUUCGCAUCUUAUCACUCGAUCUCAAUGAUAUACAUGGCGGUGUGAAUUGUUUAGACGCACUUCGUUUUUAUAAAUCUGCAUACAUCAAUCGAGAAGAUCGUCUCAAUACAGUUGAAUGUGGACAAUUAACAGGUCGAGAGAAAAUCAACGUGGUGUCCCCAACCGGUAUUGUUACAGCACAUUUUUCAACCGACGGUGGAAAUGUUAGUGGUCUUGGUUUUAAAGUUGUUCUCACGGCUUUUCGUUCUGCAAACAAAACAGAUCCAUGUGAUGAACUAAACGAUGAAUUUCUUUGCAAUAAUCAAGAAUGCAUUAGUAAUUUACUUUUAUGUGACGGUGUACCUCAUUGCCUCGAUGGGUCCGAUGAAUCGCCCUAUCGCUUGUGUACUCCAAAUACCGCAGAAUCUUCGAAUACUGAAUCAAAUUCCCGUUCAGCCACAUCUAAGCGUCCACAUUGGCGUGGGAUCCUCAUAGCCGCUUUUCUACUUAUCAUCCUAAGUGUAUUCAUACUUUUCGUGGUUUAUUUCCUUUGCAGUCGUUGUGUUCGUUCGCCAGCGCCCUUAAUGAAGAGUGAAAGGAAAAAUUAUGCAACUAUAUUAAAUUCGCCUAAAAAUGGUCCGAAAACAGCAACAACUACACAAAUAGUGAUCGAAAACAAUAAAUCAACUAGCAAACGUCUCGACGAAGAUUACAGUUUAUUGUAA